CCGUAGCCAACAGAUCCGUCUCGUUUUGCCUCGGAACAAAAAUAAGGAGGGUGCCGAACCCGUCUCGUUGCGUUUCUUUGCAAUAGAAAUCCUUUCGAAUCGGUUGCCCUUGUUAUUGGACACUAUCUGUCAUUAUCGUUGGACAGGUCGAUUGUGACACGCGACAAAGUGAGGAUUCGGAUUGUGAUCGAGUGUAAUCAGGACUCGGAAUCGAGGAAAGUGAGGAUCCUUGUUGUGGUGAUGCUGCUGGUGAACAACGGAGAAAGAGGAAGAUAAAAGAAGAGAAAGAAAGAAAAACGAAGAGGGAGAUUUCUCCUGGAAACAGGAACGGCUAGAUGGCAGUCAGCACUCUCAACAUGGCACCCUAUUUCACUGGAUACCCCUUUCAAGGGCAGGGUCGCGUGAACCAGCUGGGUGGUGUGUUCAUCAACGGCCGUCCAUUACCGAAUCAUAUUCGUUUGAAGAUCGUCGAGAUGGCAGCGGCCGGUGUCAGACCGUGCGUCAUAUCGAGACAGCUGAGAGUGUCUCACGGAUGCGUAUCUAAAAUCCUGAACCGGUAUCAGGAAACGGGAUCGAUCAGACCCGGCGUGAUCGGCGGCAGCAAACCGCGAGUAGCUACGCCGGAAGUCGAGGCGAGGAUCGAGGAUCUCAAACGGCAAAAUCCUGGCAUCUUCAGCUGGGAGAUACGGGAGAAAUUGAUAAAGCAGGAUGGAGUCUGCGACAAAGCCUCGGCACCGUCUGUCUCCAGCAUCACCAGACUUUUACGUGGACCAGCCAAUCAAACUCGCCCCAACGACGAUCCACGCAGGAAUCAUUCCAUCGACGGCAUUCUCGCAGGAAGCAGUGGCGACGACUCUGACACGGAAAGCGAACCUGGCAUCGCGUUAAAGAGGAAACAACGCAGGAGUAGGACUACCUUUACUGGUGAACAACUGGAGCAACUGGAAGCAGCUUUUCAUCGCACGCAAUAUCCUGACGUGUAUACCAGAGAAGAACUCGCACAAAAAACGAAGCUGACAGAAGCGCGAGUGCAGGUCUGGUUUAGCAAUAGACGCGCCAGACUUCGCAAACAGCUCAAUACCCAACAGCUGAACGCUUUCAACGCCAUGAGUUUACAAUCCUUCCAAACUCAACAUUACGGCAGUGGUGCUGAGAGCUAUCAGAGCUAUGGACAGACGAGCGUUGCUGCUGCUGCAGCAACCACCGCGAAUUACCCUCAGCAUUACAACUAUGGGGAUAAUUAUUAUACAGCCCAGCAGCAAUGGCCACGGACGACUCCGGACAAUUAUGGAUUAUUCAACGCUUCUCAUUACGGCAGCAGCAAUCUCGCCUCCAAUCUGACUUCCACCAAUCUCAGUCUAGGCAGUCUGGGUAGCGUCAGUCCAACUGCGUCAAAUAUGAGUGCCUGCAUGGUGCAAGGUGGUGCAUCUUCCUCCGGAGUGCCAGUCUCGACGGGGAUGACACCUCACGUGACACCACACAGCCCUAGCGAGGCGAAGAGUGGAUAUCCUUACUUGGGCGGCAUCGAUUCUCAGGUUUGUGGAAGAGUUCAUUGAAUUAAGUUUGUUACAAGGAGCGAUCAAAUUGAUUGCACGCAACUACACUUGCAAAUGCAUCACGAAAGAUAUAGCUCCCGAGAAGUCGCUUCAUCGUUAUUGUUAUUUAUCUUAUUUGUUUCUUAAGCAAAUUUCAGCAAUUAAAUUGCGUAAAAGAAAAUUGCAAUUGUGUAAAAAUAUUUAUGCGCGAAAACAUUUCUGUGUUCACGUAAUGAAAUGCGAAAAAUACGUUUUUCUUCUCUUUUUUUGUUGUUAAGUUAUUAUUAAUUUUUAUAUUAUUAUAACGUUGUUACUUCAAAAUAAUGAAAAUCUGAAGAAUUGACGAUUAUUCUUUUACCGACGACUUUUUAACGAAAAAUAUUGCACGUCAUUUCUGAAAUCAUAUAUAAAAAAUAUCACUUGUGUAAUAUAUAAUUUCUAGUUUAAUUAAAUGUAAAAUGUAUGUGUUACAUAGAGCGUUCGGAAUUUGGAGAUUUUUUAUUUAUAAAUAUAUGUACUAAGUAUAAUCUUUAUAUGCAAUCGAUUGUGUAUAAAUAUUUUAUAAUCGCUUAGUAUCGCUAGAUGAUACGUUCAAACUUUUCCGCUUUGAUACUAUUGCAUAUUUAUAAUAGAGUGUAAAACAUACUUUAAUUAAUUGUAGAUUCAUAGAUGUAAGUCGCACACUGAUUUCUAAAACGUGUCGUAAUUUAACGCAAAGAUUUAUUUAAAGAUUUAGAGCGAUCAGCACUUACGAGCAAUAAGUUGUUUGCAACAACAAUGCCUUCGAAAAUGCUUUAUCACUUUAGAAUUAUUUUAUUAUUGUAACGAUAUAAUAAUAAAUACAUCUAUAUAUAUAUUUAGAUAUAACUCGAAUAUAUUUUACGGAUAAUGCUGUACAUACACGUAUUAGAUAGUAGUAGUACGAAGCGUAGAAAAGUUACUUACAAACAGAUUCUUAACGAACAACAUGAUGAUUUUAUCCAAACAGUUUAUCUAAUUGGCCAGUUGCAUAAGUUUAUUGUAUAUAAAACGCAAAGUGUUUCACCGACGCAACAGAUAUAUCUGACUUGUAUUGUUACA